AUAUUUGCAGAUCAUCUUUUGGCCCUUGAUGCCCCAGCUGUUGGAGUGGGAGAAGAAUCUGCAUCUGAUGUUGGGAGAAGUUCAGGCACUCCAAACUUACAUCAAAGGCUGUCACCUACACCUGAGUUGCCUGACAGUCUGUCAACAUUGGAUGCAGCUGGAUAGACACCCCUUCCACCUGGACCCAGCCCCCUUCUCAAGCUUUGGGAAAGGCUGGGGUUCAACAUGGAGAGACUAUGGGAGCAAAGGAGGCUUUCUAAUGCACCAAGUAAUGUGGAAAGGUUACUGGGGCUCCAACAUGAAACCCUGCUUGAACUUGUCACCACGGUCAGGGAUCAGAAUGUAGCGCUGCAGGGCCCUUAGUCAUGAUAUCCGGGCCUUAUGUCAAGCAGUGGCUGAACAAAAUACACCUUCGGACAGAGGCUCCGAACUCCUGUGCAGCAGUUUGGGGCCAAUACCAAGGGUGCCACAGAGUUCCCCUGCUGAAAGUGCCGGGGAAUCAGCAGAGGAACAAGCUUGGGAAUUGCAGAUUCUGGAAAUACCCACUCUGGAGCAGCCCCCUCAACAAACCCCACCCCAUCACCAGUAUGCCUCCUUCCCCGUGGAUCCCACUUCUGCACCUUCCUCACACUCCACUU